UCUCUUGGAAGCGUGUGGUUGAUUGCACACCCCUGUUGCCUGACUAUAUUGCCUGAUUGGGGAGCGAAUAAAUGAUGGACUGAGGCUUUGCUUGUUACUUUCUCUGGGGAAUGGUAGUCUCCAGAGAAGUCAUCUGUACUCCUGCAUUUUCUUCUGUUUCACAUUUAACAACAUUCCUUACCUUUUUGGAUUAUUAUUUUGUAUUGUUUAAACCCCUAGACAUUACUAUAUUCUUUGUAAUGGUUUCAUUUUUACUUUAAUAAAUUUGUCUUGCAAGCGAAAUCAUCUGUGCAAGUGUGAACCUAUUUUGUGUUACGGUCGAGAACGAGCCGGCCGUGACAUGAAUUGGGGUCUCGUCCGCGAUCCUUUGGUAUAGGAAUGUUGGUGAGUAAUGUUAUGUGAUUAAUUUUUGUGAAUGGUUACCUUUUAUGAGAGAACUCCGGUUAGUAAGAGUGUAUCCAGCUGGGUUGUGUAUGCAAUCCUUCCAACGGAACACUGUUUGUUGUUUUUUUUAUUAUUUUGCCUUUUUUGUUUUUAAGGGUUAUCCUGGGUGGAGAUUUAACUCUCUGUAGGGGGUACGCUUUCGGACUUUCAGUUUCACUGAUCGUCACAGAGUUCAGCGUUUAAUGUCGCCUCGAGCCUGGUACACCCUUGAAGACUAGGUAGGAAUUAGUUAGUUUUUCCCCGUAAGUUAGGAGCUGGAGUUUCUCGCAUUAUGAAGGUAAAUCCAUUUGACAAAAUUCGUAAAUUUUGCUCUUGUGAGUAGCUGAUAAAGCGCUUUCGUCUUUUUGUGCCUACAAUGUGUUUUGACUUGUGGUAAGUCUGUGGGAAUUUACUAAAAGUAGGUUACGCAAUAGUGCAGUUACGUCAGUGCGUAGUUUCUUUUUGAAGCAGUGGCUGAUGGGAAUUGUAUUUCUAGUAAACGGCGUCUCACGUGCGUGAGCUGUUUUGUUUGUGUUGUAGUAAGUGUAUUUACGAACAAAAUGUCUUCGGUGCUCGAUGAUUUCUUCGCUUGUCCUUCAGAAACUUUACUCGAGAGCUGUACAAAGAAACAACUGGUGAAAAUCGCCGAACGCUUCAGUAUCGAUCUUACUACUCAAGAUAAGAGGAUGAAGGAAACGCUUGUGACUACUUUGAAACGAUCACUCGUUGAUAAAGGAGUUUUUGAGGUAAGAGCUGAGGUUAUUGUUCCUAGUGAAUCGGUUACGUUUCAUCCUUCUGAGCUUGAUAGUGAAAGUGAGCGGAAAUUUCCAGAGAUGUCAUUGCAAGAGAAACAGUUAUAUUUAGAUGCUGCGAAAAUCCGCGCUGAGCGUGAGGAUCGCGCUGCUAAAGAGAGAGAGGUAGAGAGAGAAUUCGCUGCGAGAGAAUUAGAUCAGCAGUUAGCUGUGCGAAAACUGGAAAUUGAGUUGGAAAGAGAACGGGAUGAAAGAGCAUUUCAGUUAAAGAAGUUGGAGUUAGAGUUGUCAGUAAAACGAGUGGAAGCUUCGCGAGUUGAUGUGCCUCUCGGUGAACGACAUCAGCCGAGGGAACCACAUGAACCUGUGUUUGAUGUUCAUAAAAAUGUAAGAUUAGUUCCGCCAUUUUCUGAGAAGGCAAUAGAAAAAUAUUUCUAUCAUUUUGAGCGAGUUGCCUUGUCUUUGAAGUGGCCGAAAAAGUUUUGGACUUUAUUAUUACAGUGUGUUUUCACAGGUAAAGCCCAGGAAGUUUAUUCUGCUCUCUCACUGGAACAGAGUGGGCCCAGAGGUGUUGAGGAAUGAAGUGGAGGGAAGAUGCUUCCUGGACAUCUAAAUUAAUUUACUGUCUUGUUCUUCUGGAUGGUGUUUGAUUCUCUUUCUUUUUUUUAGAUUCGUUGCCGAAUCUUUUUUUUGGAGGGAGGUGUUACGACCUUGUGCUCCCUUUCCUUUCCUGUUGGUGGCAGAAUCUCUUGGAAGCGUGUGGUUGAUUGCACACCCCUGUUGCCUGACUACAUUGCCUGAUUGGGGAGCGAAUAAAUGAUGGACUGAGGCUUUGCUUGUUACUUUCUCUGGGGAAUGGUAGUCUCCAGAGAAGUCA